GGAGCUGGAGCCCAGGAACUAGAGGCGUGCCUCCAAGCCGAGAGAGACAAGCCUCCUUUGAGGUGCCACCCAGGGGAAAGGAUGCAGCUCUGGGUGUUCUUCCUGCUGCUGCUCACCCUCAGCAGCGGCUCGCAUGGCUCAACACCCUCCCUGCCCCUCAGGAUGCCGCGGUACGCAGACGCCCUCUUCACCAACAGCUACCGGAGGGUGCUGGGCCAGCUGUCUGCCCGAAAGCUACUCCAGGACAUCAUGAGCAGGCAGCACAGAGAGAAAAGCCUGGAACCCGGAGCGAAGGUGCGGCUGAGCCGUCGGGCGGAGGGCACGUGGGCAGACCAGAAGCAGAUGACACCGGAGAGCAUCCUGCUGGCCCUGCUGCAGAAGCACAGCCGCCGGGAUCCCUGAGGAUGAAGACCCUUGCCUGUGCUUGAUGCUACCUGUGGCUCAAAUAUAAAGGAAGCCAGUAAAUCCUAUUUUUCCCUCUGUAACUACAAUAAAAUUCCCCGCA